AUGAAAUUCCUGGCUGUAUUCGUCGCUGUUCUCGCCGUCGCCUCGGCUUCCCGCCACAGGUGGACUCUGGGUGAGCUUUCCGAAGCUAUCCAGAACCCCACCACCAACCCCGCGCUCUUGCCCGUCCUGAAAUACGGUCUGAACGCUUACAUGGAAGGCAUAUUCUCUGGUAAAGAGUAUGAAUACAUUUACCUGAGCACUGGCGCCGUUGACUUGUCCACCUGGACUUUGCAAGAACUCUCUCACGCUUUGGAAAACCCCGAGACUGAUGUCACUCUUGUGCCCUACCUCGAGGAAGCUCUCAAUGCCUUGAUGGAAGAUCUCUUCGCUGGAUCUGCCCAGCCUGCCCACGCCGUCGUCAUCCCCGCUAGAGACCUCUCUUACUGGCAACACAACCAGCUGAUCGAAGCUCUGCUCAGCCCCUCCACCAGCUCUGAAUUGUCUUCCUACUUGGUCGCUGGUUUGAGCAGCCUUCAAGCUGGUGCCGCCGCUGGUGUGGAAUCCGUCGUCCUGGCCAUUCCUCUGCACAUCUUGCCUGAACCUGAGGUAGCCAUCCAACUGCCCGAGACCAUCGUCCAGCCCGAACCUCUGCCCGUCAUCCCUGAACCCGAGGUGCCCGCCCCUGAGGUCCCCGCCCCCGAGAGCCCCGCCGGCAGCCCCCUCGUUCAGAUCAUCCUGAACAUCAACCAGGAGUCCGUCAGCGCACCUGCCCCUACACCCAUCAUCGAGCGCCCCAUCCCCGAGAUCACCUACGAGCCUGCCCACAUCAUCGAAAGGCCCAUCCCCGAGGUGUCCCUCAACCCCAUCGACAUUCUGGCCCCCCUUCCCCAACACGCCUAA